AUGCUGUGUACAGUUCUGUCAAACUACAGGAGUGCCAUGGUUAAUCAUAGUCCACACAACAAGAGAAGCCUUUGUUUUUCUGGCUAUGGCUCUCUGUUGUUGGGGUGGCUGGGUUUUUAUGUGGUUCAUGUGAUCUUCUGUGCUGUGUCAUAGGAAGACAGUUUACACAAAAACAGACCUGCGAUGUAGUAUCUCCCUUGUAAUCUAGUACUUAGUCUUAUGCAAGACACCUAGACCAAUAUUAUGCCUUCUUACAAUCGUAAAAGAUUGUACUUUUUGAAAAUCCUUCCAUUCUUCAUGUCUGUGCGGUGUCUUUGUUCAGCAGAAAUUCAGUGGAGUCUAGAUUUGGUAAUCGUCCAACAUGGAUUCUAUGGGCACAAAGGACUAUUGAUUCUGUUCCCUCAAUACCAUCAAGCUUGGAUGAUGGAAAAUAACUGCAUCCAUUAGCGUAUAUUGUUUACAUGCUCAUUAAUAAAACAUCUACAUUAACAUGUCAUUGAAGGGGCCCUCAGCUGACCUUUUCAUUUCCCCGGAUCUGUACAGUACAGAACAUUUCCUGGGGCCAUGCUUCCGGCAUCCAGGAGGAUAAGGUCCCUAACUGUGCUACAUAACCACCAUCUGGAGGGCAUUACCCAGCAUACUGAAUGAACUGCCUUGAGCUCUCUGUGCAGUAGCAGUACAUGGUAUACCACUGCUUAAAAUCUAUCAAAGUACCCUUCUCCAAAGUUUGCUCUUAAGACCUUCUCCUGAAACAGCCUCAAAUAAACCAGACUUGUUUUUAUGAAGGCCAUUGAGUAGUCAGAUGUACUGUAAAGAGGAAGGUCCUGGUGCCAUGUGGUUUACAGGUGGAGGCUUAAUACUGUAUGCAUUAAUGUUAGAUAAUGGUUAUGAAGAGCUUGUUUCCGCUGGUCAGCAAAGAGAUGCAGUCCAACUCUGUGGCCAGAGUUAACCCUCUGUUACACUGCUACUGUUGACAAUGACAGACUGAAUUCUAACUUGAGGUUUGCAUGCGUUACGUAACUAGAAUUUUCACAUCAAUCAUUCAUUGAUGUCAAUGAGAGAUUUUACAGACAUCAAGUUAAGAUUCGUCAACUUUGUUGAAUCUUCUUGACAGAGACAGAGUCGUCUCAACACCCCCACACAGAUGGCGGAGGAUGGUGAAUCAAUCAAAACAUUUGGAUAAAGUAAACAAGUUUUAGGUAAACUAAACAGCUGUUAAACCUCUACCAUACAGCUCUCUCUCCAUCCAGCAGAUGUCUUUUUCGAUGUUCCAUGACUAAUCCAAACCACAGAGCAGGGAAGGGCCCAGCCCAUCUCAGCCCAUAGGUAGACUCUUCAUACCUGUGGUUCUUUCCACCUAGUCAAUUUGCGCCAAUCAAACAAGAGUACAAAGAGAGAGACAUAAUUUCUGAGUGGAGACACUGGCAUUAACAAAGUUAUCACUCAGUUGGAGUGUCUCAUCCUUGCAUUCUUCCAGGGGUUCUGUUGUCCAUCUCGUGUGGAGCCCUAGCAUCCAUCUCUCUCCAUGGUGUGCGAUAAGACUUCAAAACUAGGUCAAAGCCUGCACUCUACUUAAUAGUACAUUUGUAACAUAUGUGUCAUUCAAUUGGAGAAAAGUAAACUGGAGUGGAGUCUGUUAGACACAAGAGAGUCACACCCUAGUGGUGUGGAACAGAGAUGAAAGACAUCCCAAUACAUGUAUCCGCCGGGUGCUGGCAUUCCCAGGCUUGUGUUUCUCUCUUGGAUCUGAAUUAGGUCUUUGGGGCUGUCUUGCACCCUCAGGGACAUGAAGAUUUCAGGAAAAAGAUUCCCUGAUUGCAAAUCUCUGGGAUACGAUGUAUUUCCAAUUCUUAAUGGUUGGAAAGAAAGAGACAAUUAGUGUAGUACUGUUAAGUCCUCAGUGACAUCUGUCUGGAGUGAUUUGCUGUAUCUCUUAAUAACUGGAAAGAAAAAGUGACAUGGUAAGUUGUUUGUCUAGAACUGCUAAGUCCAUAGCAACAAACAGUAGAGCUCUGAGAAGGAGCAUCGUGACCCAGGGCUGGCUAACUGGCCCAGAGUCAGGUCCUGAAAAUCCCAGAGUCUGAGUGUUUGAAUAUGAUUUACUGACCUUGUCACCGAUCUAGGAACAGCCAGUCACAGGCUUUUCCAUCUGCCUGGACUGAAAAUGGACAUUCUAGUCAAAAUCUGGGAUUGAUUUGCCUUAAUUGGAAUGGGUUAUAUAAGUGUGUGAGAGUGUGUGUUUGUCUUUCCCCUUUUCAGCAGUCUCAGAGAGUAUUUGUCAUCGGUUUAAAGUUGGUGUGCGGAAAGAUCACAUCAGCAGAAAGCGGGAAAUGAUGAAUCACUUCAGAUGUUCAUCCUUGGUAUGGUCGAUGCCAGAAAGGAACCAGUCAAAGAAAACACACUAUUAAGUCCAAUGGUCCCAUUUCUUAAAGUUCCUAUUUGGCUUUCCUCAAACAGGGUAACCCCUUAGGAACAUGUCCAGGUCAGUCACAGACAGAUCCUGUGGACUAAUAGAGUUAUGACAGACUUCAAUCUUAUGUAUGAGUGUCUCAAUGUGAAGAACAGCUCCUGCCUGGGAACAGGAAGGGUUUUUACACUACAGAAAGUUGAAAAGGUGUUUGCGAGACUUAAGAACCACACAAGGAGAGAGAGGGCUGUGGGAACACUGUACACUCAGCUGUGGCCUGAGCAGAUAAAGAGAUAGUCUCUGCCGGCCCGUAUGCAAGCAGAGCCAGAAUAUUGUGUGUGUGUGCACGUGCGUGCGUAUGUGUAUGUGUGUGUGUGUGUGUGUGUGUGUGUGCAUGUGUGAGGGGUGUGUCUGGAGCAUGGCGGGCUUCUUUCUGUGCCACCUUGCUGUGAAUCCUCUCAGGCCUCUGACUGACUCCUGAAUGCUGCUCAAUAGGUUGUCACUUUUUAUGUGGUUUGCAACUGCAAGUUUCGACAUCAUAAAUCCACUUCUGAAAGGUUUUUGUUAUUUGUCUCUGAUAAAGUCUGACAAUGGACUGUGUUUGUGUGUGUAACGGACUUAAGAAUGUACCGUAAGCUCACUCCACAGCUAGCUUGAAAUGUUGCAGAGGGAGCCAUCCAAUUGGUACCCUUUGAGUGGCUCAAACCGUUGGAACAUGGCCAAGGAGGGCAGUCACGUGUAUUAGCAAAGCAGAGGUCCCGAGUUCGAACCAGGUAUGAACCGCAUUGGGGGGAAGUGGUACUCACUAAACAAGCAAUCUGACGUCCAUAACACGCGCGCGUACGUGUGUAUGUGAGUGCGCACGGCUAGAAGUAAUUAUGAGAAGGGAUGUUGUUCAUCCCAAAUGGAAACACAAGCUGCUUUUCAAAUGUAAUUUUUUGGAUGUUUGCAAACAAUUUGACAUUAGGCAUAAUAUUUAUCAUGUAGUUCUGGAUUUAUAAUAUGUGUAUAACACUCUUUGCUUUUAGUCCUCUAGUCUUUGAUUUAUAGUAUAUUGUCUCUUUUAUAUUUAAUUUUAGCAUUAAUCAGCACUGAGCAAAUCAAUCUACAGUAACUGUGUUGGUGGUCUGACUGUUCAGUCCCCAUUGGCUCAGGUCCAGACACACAGAUACAAACACAAACAUGUCCAGGCCUGACAGACCAAGCACACACACACACACACACACACACACACACACACACACACACACACACACACACACACUUUGCCAACAGAUGCCUCGUCAAUCACCCUAGCAGCAACAGACAGCAGCAUUGACUAAUGGCUCUCUUUCUGCAGACGGCUCCUGUAUCCGACACUCCCCCCGUAGCCCCCUGCAGCCCAGUCACUCUGCAGUCGGUAGCCAUUGUCCCCUGAUCCCCCUGAUAUUUACCCCCCUGACAGCCUGGUCAUUUCCACUGGCACACACAGACCUGUCUCUCACCAUUCCACACUGGCACUGUAUCAGCUGGCUCAGCAGAAAAUGUCAUCCCAGUCACUGAGAGCUGACCGAGGUCCCCUAUUAACAAGGGAGCUCAAAAAUGGAAAGUCAAGGAAACAUUAGAAAAAAGGGAAAUGUGCAUCAGUGAUAAGUCUGGGGUCCUGUUACUCGAUUCACACUCAAGGACAGACAAAUAAGGCUAUAGUUUUGCUGCCCUGCAUUCCUGCAUUCGCUAUAUAGUGCACUGCUUUUGACCAGAGCCCUAUCGGCACUAUAUAGGGAAUAGGGUGUCAUUUGAGACGCAACCAAAGACAGACCAUGUCAGACCUCUGUGAAGUCUGUGCAGCCUCCCCCUUACCUCCUAGCAAAUAUUUAAUAAUUGCAACUCACAACCGCAGCAAUUAUUUUAUUUUCCAAGGUAAUUACUUACAGUACAUGGAGGGUAUUUUACAGGAUGUUUGCGAGAGGCAUGCCACUGCAUGUCUUCACAGUAACAGUUAGACUGGUGUGUGGGUGGAUUGAGUUCAUUGCGUUGGGUAACUCAGAUAGGAGGGGCUUGUUGGGACUGGGGGGGGGGGGGGGGGGACCAGCUGUCUCGAGCGGAUGAAGGGGGAUGGUGGAGGGGGUGGAAGGGUUGGAGGGGGAUGGAAGAGGAGAGACGCGUGUUCUGAUAAUGCAUCUGUGAGUACAACAUCACGGAUUGCAAAACACUGCCUGUCUGUCUGUCAGUCUGUCUCUCACUGCCUGGAGAAAACAGUGGCACUCAAGCCCUCAUCCUCACUAGACUAGAGCAACAUGCACCAGAUACCUUAAGACUCUGCAGAUUGAAGUAUACAGUGCACAGUACUGUACUAUACAUGAGUUGUUUGACUCCAGAGGUAGAUAUAAUCCUGACUUGAGAUACUGUAUAUUUUUAAACUUGCAUUCAGAUGCCAUUACCUUGGGUGUUCUAUUGUCCUGAUCUAUAUCUGGCUGAAUUUAAAGUGUAAUACAGUCAUGUUGUUUCUUGUUAUCUACCGUAUUCGCGGAAUCCCUACGCUCAUUUGAGGAUUUACUAGGAAAUGGAAUCUAGAUCAAGUGAUGGCCAGGCCACAUCCGCAGUGGAUCCCACAGGAAACUCAAAUUCCAGCUUUGUGUAUGAUAAUAGCUCACUAAGAUGGCCUGUGGUAGAUGGUGUAUGACUGUGUGUGUACAGUAUAUUAUCUGUGUAACAACAACACAGCCAAAACCGUCCAACUACAAAUAUACAGUAGUAUUAUAGUGCUAUUAUGGUAGUACUAUAGUAUUAUCCCACUGUGUGUAUGUAAAAAAGAAAUCCUAGACUGUAACCCAGUAAGUGUGACAGUGUGACAGAUAGCCUGCUGACUGCUGGGUAGCAGAAAGACACAUUGACAGACAUGUCACCAUGAGCCAAAAGCCAUUCCUCCCAGUCCCAUUCUAUCCACUUGACCCCCUUCCUGGAAUGUGUUCAUUUAUCCGACUUCCAGCCCAUCUGGGAGAGUGCUUAGGGCUGUCGGCCAGGGAGCGGCCUGCUAUUCCUGUGUCAGGUCUGGAUGUCAGGUCUGGAUUCCUGGAGCACUGAGCCCAGGGUGGGGGGCAAUGGUUCCUCUCCUCAUAUACUGUGACUGUAUCCUCAUCGCAAUGUUCCCUGACCCCCCUGCCCUGUCCUGUCCUGUCCUAUUAAUAUCAAGGUCUGGUGUAACCUAGCCACAACCUAGCCACAACCUACCAUAGAUCCAACCGUAUAACUCUAAUCCAUUCUCCUGUUAUUGUUGAUGGAUUUUGUCUAUUGUAGAUUGUGUCAUUGAGAUGGAUGAAGUGGUAAUUCAUUGCCUUGAUAUGUUUUCAGAAUCAAAUCAAAUCAAAUUUUUAUUGUCACAUACACGUGUUUAGCAGAUGUUAUUGCGGGUGUAGCGAAAUGCUUGUGCUUCUAGCUCCGACAGUGCAGUAAUAUCUAACAAGUAAUAUCAAACAAUUUCACAACAUAUACCCAAUACACACAAAUCUAAGUAAGUAAUAGAAUUUAAGAAUAUAUACAUAUACGGACAAGAAAUGACAGAGCGGCAUGGACUAAGAUACAGUAGAAUAUUAUAGAAUAGAAUACAGUAUAUACAUAUGAGAUGAGUAGUGCAAGAUAUGUAAACAUUAUUAAAGUGACUAGAGUUCAAUUUCUUAAAGAGGCCAGUGAUUUCAAUAGGCAGCAGCAGCCUCUAAUGUGCUAGUGAUGGCUAUUUAACAGUCUGAUGGCCUUGAGAUAGAAGCUGUUUUUCAUUCUCUCGGUCCCAGCUUAGAUGAACAUGUUCUGACCUCGCCUUCUGGAUGAUAGCAGGGUGAACAGACAGUGGCUCAGGUGGUUGAUGUCCUUGAUGAUCUUUUUGGCCUUCCUGUGACAUCGGGUGCUGUAUGUGUCUUGGAGAGCGGGUAGUUUGCUCCCGGUAACCUUCUCCACUGCCUGCGGUCCCGUCGAUUUGGAUAGGGGGGUACACCCGCUGCUGUUUCCUGAAGUCCACAAUCAUCUCCUUUGUUUUGUUGACAUUGAGUGAGAGGUUAUUUUCCUGGCACCACACUCCCAGAGCCCUCACCUCCUCCCUGUAGGCGGUCUCGUCAUUGUUGGUAAUCAAGCCUACUACUGUUGUGUCGUCUGCAAACUUGAUGAUUGAGUUGGAGGCAUGCUUGGCCACGCAGUCAUGGGUGAACAGGGAGUACAGGAGGAGGCUGAGCACGCACCCUUGUGGCGCCCCAGUGUUGAGGAUCAGCGAAGUGGAGAUGUUGUUUCCUACCUUCACCACCUGGGGGCGGCCCGUCAGGAAGUCCAGGACCCAGUUGCACAGGGCGGGGUUCAGACCCAGGGCCUCGAGCUUAAUGAUGAGCUUGGAGGGUACUAUGGUGUUGAAUGCUGAGCUGUAGUCAAUGAACAGCAUUCUUACAUAGGUAUUCCUCUUGUCCAGAUGGGAUAGGGUAGUGUGCAGUGUGAUGGCGAUUGCAUCGUCUGUGGAUCUAUUGGGGCGUUAAGCAAAUUGAAGUGGGUCUAGGGUGACAGGUAAGGUAGAGGUGCUAUGAUCCUUGACUAGGGGCGGCAGGUAGCUUAGUGGUUAAGAGCGUUGUGGCAGUAACCGAAAGGUCGCUGGUUCUAAUCCCUGAGCCGACUAGAUGAAAAAUAUGUCGAUGUGCCCUUGAGCAAGGCACUUAACCCUAAUUGCUCCUGUAAGUCGCUCUGGAUAAGAGCGUCUGCUAAAUGACUAAAAUGUAAAUCUAGUCACUCAAAGCACUUCAUGAUGACAGAGGUGAGUGCUACGGGGUGAUAGUCGUUCAGUUACCUUUGCUUUCUUGGGUACAGGAACAAUGGUGGCCAUCUUGAAGCAUGGGGGCAGAACAGCAGACUGGGAAAGGGAGAGAUUGAAUAUGUCCGUAAACACACCAGCCAGUUGGUCUGCGCAUGCUCUGAGGACGCGGCCAGAAAGCAUGCAGAGUAUGCAGACAUCAUGGCACAUUGUAACUUCAGGCAUCACAACUUCCUUUCGAUAGAUUUUUGUGAAAAUGUAUGUUGACCCCCAUAUGUAUUUCAACUGGCGCUGGGCUAUUUCUGUCGUACAUAAACAAACAGAAUGUAACAAAGGCCCUUCAGGCAUGUCUCGAAAGAGGGGUUGUCUUGUUACUGUAGAUACCGUAUGAAUUGUAUCUGCAUGCCAACUGUUUCUGUUCAGAAUGCAAAGUACAUUUCUACCAGCAAUAUGUUUAUUUGUCCCCUUUUUUGUAAUGAUCCCAGGAUAAAUCUAUGUGAACAUCUUGACUGAUCUGAGUCCUGUGUCCCUUUGUUUAGAUGAAGCUGCCGGUGCUGCUGCUGGGGCGUUCAGCUGACCUGAGGCCUGGUGAGUUUGUUGUGGCCAUCGGCAGUCCCUUCUCCCUGCAGAACACGGUCACCACAGGUAUCGUCAGCACCACCCAAAGAGGAGGCAAGGAGCUAGGCCUGAGGAACUCUGAUAUGGAAUACAUCCAGACGGACGCUAUCAUCAACGUGAGUGACACAUACACGUCAUCAGACACACACACACACAGCUGUGAUCUAUAUCAGCACAAGGCAUUUAGUUGUGGGACACAACAGUAGCUCCUCCUUAUUUUCCCCAUUACAUGUGUACACAGGAAGAUGUAGAUCUACCAUCUGAUCAUCCCUUUAACCUGAAUGCUGUUCCUUUUCAGUAUGGGAACUCUGGCGGACCCCUGGUCAAUCUGGUAAGAUAUCAUUUGCUAUUGAUAAGGAUUACAUCUCUUAGAAUGUGUUUAAUGUAAAUCUAUGAGACAUUUGUAGAAGGUAUUUUAAUAAAGACGUCUCCGAAGUUGGAUAGAUAAGGCUAUAUGAAUUCACAUGUAAAGCUUGGCAAGCAGUUACACGUUACAGCUUGUAGUGAUAACACCAUUGUUUUUAUUCACAUACAGUUGAAGUCGGAGGUUUACAGACACCUUAGCCAAAUACAUUUAAACUCAGUUUUUCACAAUUCCUGACAUUUAAUCCUAGUAAAAAUUCCCUGUUUUAGGUCAGUUAGGAUCACCACUUUAUUUUAAGAAUGUGAAAUGUCAGAAUAAUAGUAGAGAUAAUGAUUUAUUUAAGCUUUUAUUUAUUUCAUCAUAUUCCCAGUGGGUCAGAAGUUUACAUACACUAAAUUAGUAUUUGGUAGCAUUGCCUUUAAAUUGUUUAACUUGGGUCAAACGUUUCGGGUAGCCUUCCACAAGCUUCCCACAAUAAGUUGGGUGAAUUUUGGCCCAUUCCUCCUGACAGAGCUGGUGUAAUGAGUCAGGUUUGUAGGCCUCCUUGCUCGCACACACUUUUUCAGUUCUGCCCACAAAUGUUCGAUAGGAUUGAGGUCAGGGCUUUGUGAUGGCCACUCCAAUACCUUGACUUUGUUGUCCUUAAGCCAUUAUGCCUCAACUUUGGAAGUAUGCUUGGGGUCAUUGUCCAUUUGGAAGACCCAUUUGCGACCAAGCUUUAACUUCCUGACUGAUGUCUUGAGAUGUUGCUUCAAUAUAUCCACAUCAUUUUCCUUCCUCAUGAUGCCAUCUAUUUUGUGAAGUGCAUCAGUCCCUCCUGCAGCAAAGCACCCCCACAGCAUGAUGCUGCCACCCCCGUGCUUCACGGUUGGGAUGGUGUUCUUCGGCUUGCAAGCGACCCCCUUUUUCCUCCAAACAUAACGAUGGUCAUUAUGGCCAAAUAUUUAUCAGACCAGAGCACAUUUCUCCAAAAAGUAUGAUCUUUGUCCCCAUGUGCAGUUGCAAACCGUAGUCUGGCUUUUUUAUGGCAGUUUUGGAGCAGUGGCUUCUUCCUUGCUGAGCGGCCUUUCAAGUUAUGUCGAUAUAGGACUCGUUUUACUGUGGAUAUAGAUGCUUUUGUACCUGUUUCUUCCAGCAUCUUCACAAGGUCCUUUGCUGUUGUUCUGGAAUUGAUUUGCACUUUUCGCACCAAAGUACGUUAAUCUCUAGGAGACAGAACGCGUCUCCUUCCUGAGCAGUAUGACGGCUGCAUGGUCCCAUGGUGUUUAUACUUGCGUACUAUUGUUUGUACAGAUGAACAUGGUACCUUCAGACAUUUGGAAAUUGCUCCCAAGGAUGAACCAGACUUGUGGAGGUCUACACAUUUCUUCUGAGGUCUUGGCUGAUUUCUUUUGAUUUCCCCAUGAUGUCAAGCAAAGAGGCACUGAGUUUGAAGGUAGACCUUGAAAUACAUCCACAGGUACACCACCAAUUGGCUCAAAUGAUGUCAAUUAGCCUAUCAGAAGCUUCUAAAGCCAUGACAUCAUUUUCUGGAAUUUUCCAAGCUGUUUAAAGACACAGUCAACUUAGUGUAUGUAAACUUCUGACCCACUGGAAUUGUGAUGCAGUGAAUUAUAAGUGAAAUAAUCUGUCUGUAAACAAUUGUUGGAAAAAUGACUUGUGUCAUGCACAAAGUAGAUGUCCUAACCGACUUGCCAAAACUUAGUUUGUUAACAAGAAAUUUGUGGAGUGGUUGAAAAAUGAGUUUUAAUGACUCCAACCUAAGUGUAUGUAAACUUCCGACUUCAACUGUGAGUAAAGACCUAUGUUUCCUCAAAAGCAGCAUUUAGUAGGUUUUAUUUCAAAACGUGGGAUUUAAUACAUAUCAGUGUAGCUGAAUGAGCUGUUAUAGUGAGAGUGAGACCAGAUGGGAGUGUGUUUGUUCAACGGGGUGUGUGUGUGUUGUUUCUGUCUUCAGGACGGAGAGGUGAUUGGGAUCAACACACUGAAGGUGACUGCAGGAAUCUCCUUCGCCAUCCCCUCAGACAAGAUCCGUCAGUUCUUGGCAGAGUCCCACGACAGACAAUCUAAAGGUACAGAUUACCAAUCUAAAGGUAGGGCUGUGACAAUUAUGGAAUUUUGGGGAUCAAUUAAUUGUCAUUUAAAUUACCAAGUUUAUUGUCAUAAUUGUCUUCUUUUGUAAGAAAAAUGUUUGCGCUUGUAAUGCGUCAUACAUUAAUGCAUCUUUGAAAAGGACCUACGACAUACCUAAUGAAUAUAACUCAGCUUUGGUGACACCCCCGUUUAAAAAAACGAAUGGUUUAUACUGCUAUUGGUUUAAUUCCAUCUACUUGAAAAUAAAGUUGAAACCCCCCACUCCUAGAAUGCAUGUAUUAAGACCAUUAUGACAAUUUAUUUUUACGUUUACGGUUAUUGUCCAUAAUUGUCAGUUAGACGACUAUACAAAUAUUGUGCUAGACCUAUCUAAAGGUUCACAUCCAUGGCUUUGAUCAGGUAUUGCAUAUUAAAUGUUCAAUGUUUAUCAUCUUGAUCAUGCUAAUGCAGUAUUUAUCCUCUUUUCUUUAGGUAAAUUAUUACCAAAGAAGAAGUAUAUCGGUGUGAGGAUGAUGACUCUCACUCCAACGUAAGUUUCAGCCAGCCAGGUUCAUCUUGUGAAUUAAAUUCUUCCAAAUACCUGUGGCACAUUAAACACUUAUCUCUCUAUUUUCAUUGUUCCCUUUCCCAUAGGCUUGCAAAGGAGCUGAAGGAGAGACAAUCAGACUUCCCUGAUGUUACCUCAGGGGCAUAUGUCAUCGAGGUCAUCCCAAAAACACCAGCUGAGACGUAAGUAGUAGUUUACUGAAAAUAGAACCAGAAGUCUGUGGACCGACUCAAAUCAGUACAAACAUGAGCCAACAGUUAAAGUCCUUGACCUUGGAUUAGGAUGGCAGCAUUUGAAGACUCCUUUGGUAGUUGGCUAAAGGCUUCCGCAUGCUUCGGUUCGGCUGGUGCUGUUUGUUUAUCUUGAGACGCCGUAGUCAGAAUGAAGAUAACUAGGUAACUCAAGAAAUCUGUCAUUCAUUUUAAAUGUUUUACAGAGUAGAUCUUAGUCGUGCAAUUUUACAUCUAAGAUUUUUAGUGCAGUAUUUCUCAAGUGAAACAAUUUGCAUGAAAAUGAGUCGUCUAUCAUUGAAUGACAAAAAACACUUCAUUGAAAAAUUUCUGUUGACCAAUGACCAACGAAGGGGCGCAGGCAUCAGCUCCCUAACUUCGUCUUGAGAAAAAAAAAAUGUGUGCACGAACAGCCGAACAAACCCUUGCAGAAGACCAAACGAAACAUAACAAAAUGUUGUCAUACUAUACAGUACCAGUCAAAGGUUUGGACACACCUACUCAUUCAAGGGUUUUUCUUUAUUUGUACUAUUUUCUACAUUGUAGAAUAAUAGUGAAGACAUCAAAACUAUGAAAUAACACAUAUGGAAUCAUGUAGUAACUAAAAAAGUGUUAAACAAAUCAAAAUAUAUUUUAUAUUUGAGAUUCUUCAAAGUAGCCACCCUUUGCCUUGAUGACAGCUUUGCACACUCUUGGCAUUCUCUCAACUAGCUUCAUGAGGAAUGCUUUUCCAACAGUCUAGAAGGAGUCCCCACAUAUGCUGAGCACUUGUUGGCUGUUUUUCCUUCACUCUGCGGUCCAACUCAUCACAAACCAUCUCAAUUGGGUUGAGGUCGGGUGAUUGUGGAGGCCAGGUCAUCUGAUGCAGCACUCCAUCGCUCUCCUUCUUGGUCAAAUAGCCCUUACACAGCCUGGAGGUGUGUUUUGGGUCAUUGUCCUGUUGAAAAACAAAUGAUAGUCCCACUAAGCACAAACCAGAUGGGAUGGAGUAUCGCUGCAGAAUACUGUGGUAGCCAUGCUGGUUAUGUGUGCCUUGAAUUCUAAAUAAAUCACAGACGGUGUCACCAGUAAAGCAACCCCACACCAUCACACCUCCUCCUCCAUGCUUCACAGUGGGAACCACACAUGCAGAGAUCAUCAUUUCACCUACUCUGCAUCUCACAAAGACACAGUGGUUGGAACAUGAAAUCUCACAUUUGGACUCAUCAGACCAAAGGACAGAUUUCCACUGGUCUAAUGUCCAUUGCUUGUGUUUCUUGGCCCAAGCAAGUCUCUUCUUAUUAUUGGUGUCCUUUAGUAGUGGUUUCUUUGCAGCAAUUCGACCAUGAACAGUUAACAAACAGAUCACCGACCAUUUCGAAUCACACCGUACCUUCUCUGCUAUGCAAUCCGGUUUCCAAGCUGGUCAUGGGUGCACCUCAGCCACGCUCAAGGUCCUAAACGAUAUUAUAACCACGAUCGAUAAUAGACAGUACUGUGCAGCCAUCUUCAUCGACCUGGCCAAGGCUUUCGACUCUGUCAACCACCGCAUUCUUAUUGGCAGACUAAAUAGCCUUGGUUUCUCAAAUGACUGCCUCGCCUGGUUCACCAACUACUUCUCAGAUAGAGUUCAAUGUGUCAAAUCGGAGGGCCUGUUGUCUGGACGUAUGGCAGUCUCUAUGGGGGUGCCACAGGGUUCAAUUCUUGGGCCGACUCUUUUCUCUGUGUAUAUCAAUGAUGUCGCUCUUGCUGCUGGUGAUUCUCAGAUCCACCUCUACGCAGACGACACCAUUUUGUAUACAUCUGGCCCUUCAUUGGACACUGUGUUAACAAACCUCCAAACGAGCUUCAAUGCCAUACAACACUCCUUCCGUAGCCUCCAACUGCUCUUAAACACAAGUAAAACUAAAUGCAUGCUCUUCAAUCGAACGCUGCUGGCACCCGCCCACCCAACUAGAAUCACUACUCUCGACGGGUCUGACCUAGAGUAUGUGGACAACUACAAAUACCUAGGUGUCUGGUUAGUCUGUAAACUCUCCUUCCAGACUCACAUUAAGCAUCUCCAAUCCAAAGUUAAAUCCAGAAUCGGCUUCCUAUUUCGCAACAAAUCCAUUUUGUCACCAAAGCCCCAUAUACUACCCACCACUGUGACCUGUACGCUCUUGUUGGCUGGUCCGCACUACAUAUUCGUCGCCAAACCCACUGGCUCAAGGCCAUCUAUAAAUCACUGCUAGGCAAAUCCCCGCCUUAUCUUAGCUCAUUGGUCACCAUAGCAACACCCACCCGUAUUAUGCGCUCCAGCAGGUAUAUCUCACUGGUCAUCCAACAACUCCUUUGGCCGCCAUUCCUUCCAAUUCUCUGCUGCCAAUGACUGGAACGAACUGCAAAAAUCUCUGAAGCUGGAGACUCUUAUCUCCCACACUAACAUUAAGCAUCAGUUGUCAGAGCACCUUAUCGAUCACUGCACCUGUACACAGCCCAUCUGAAAUUAGCCCACCCAACUGCCUCAUCCCCAUAUUGUUAUUUAUUUUGCUCAUUUGCACCCCAGUAUUUCUAUUUGCACAUCAUCUCUUGCACAUCUAUCAUUCCAGUGUUAAUACUAAUUGUAAUUAUUUUGCACUAUGGCCUAUUUAUUGCCUUACCUCCAUAACUUGCUACAUUUGCACACACUGUAUAUAUAUUUUAUAUUUUCUGUUGUAUUUUUGACUUUAUGUUUUGUUUUACCCCAUAUGCAACUCUGUGUUGUUGUUUUUAUCGCACUGCUUUGCUUUAUCUUGGCCAGGUCGCAGUUGUAAAUGAGAACUUGUUCUCAACUGGCUUACCUGGUUAAAUAAAGGUGAAAAAAAAAAUGAAGGGCUGAUUCAUGCAGUCUCCUCUGAACAGUUGAUGUUGAGAUGUGUCUGUUACUUGAACUCUGUGAAGCAUUUAUUUGUUUCUGAGGCUGGUAACUCUAAUUAACUAAUUAACUUAUCCUCUGCAGCAGAGGUAACUAUGGGUCUUGCUUUCCUGUGGCGGUCCUCAUGAGAGCCAGUUUCAUUGUAGCGCUUUUUGCGACUGCACUUGAAGAAACUUUCAAAGUUCUUGAAAUUCUCGGUAUUGACUGACCUUCAUGUCUUAAAGUACUGAUGGACUGUCGUUUCUCUUUGAUUAUUUGAGCUGUUUUUGCCAUAAAAUGGGCUUGGUUUUUUACCAAAUAGGGCUAUCUUCUGUAUACCACCCCUACCUUGUCACAACACAACUGAUUGGCUCAAACGCAUUAAGAAGGAAAGAAAUUCCACAAAUUAACUUUCAACAAGGCACACCUGUUAAUUGGAAUGCAUUCCAGGUGACUAUCUCAUGAAGCUGGUUGAGAGAAUGCCAAGAGUGUGCAAAGCUGUCAUCAAGGCAAAGGGUGGCUACUUUGAAGAAUCUGAAAUAUAAAAUAUAUUUUGAUUUGUUUAACACUCUUUUGGUUACUACAUGAUUCCCUAUGUAUUAUUUCAUAGUUUUGAUGUCUUCACUAUUAUUCUACAAUGAGUAGGUGUGUCCAAACUUUUGACUGGUACUGUAUGCACGAACUGUUCAUAACUGUUUCGGAUGGAAAGCAUGCAAAUGCCUUUAGUCUCUAUUAGUCUCAUAACGGUUGCUAGGAGUUCAUUGUCCUCUGGUCUUAAAAAUAGACUAGCCUCAUAGCACAAUGAAUUAGCAUUUCAUGACCACAUAAAUAGCAUGACAGGGCAGUCUAUCUAGGUUACUCACUCCUACAGAAUGCACUGUCUUUGUAUAUUUUUUGUGGCCACAUAAAAUAAUUUGUGCUGAGGCAGCAGUCUCCCACUGAAGGAAAUUAAUAGCUUUAUUUUUGUCUGGUGGGUAUAUGUGGUUACAAGGGCAGCAUAAUGCGCUUAGAUUUUUCAGAGACUAUGGUCAGAUGUUGUUUCUCACAGUGUCUAAAAAGAAUGUUACUGCCUCUGUAAGUUCAUUUAGCUUUUUUUGGAAUGGGAAAAACUCCCUCCUCGCAGACGUAAGAGGGUCUAUUCUGUGGAUUGAGACCUAAUGGUAUACAUUGCUUAGAGAGUCUUACGUACUGUACUUUAUAUCAGUAAAGUACAUGUCUUUGUUACUACAUGCCCCUAACUCCUCUCUCCUCUCCACAGAGGUGGCCUGCAGGAGAGUGACGUCAUAAUCACCAUCAACAGCCAGCGAAUCACCUCGGCAAGUGACGUCAGCAGCUCCAUCAAGAGGGACGACACGCUGCGGAUGGUGGUCCGGCGGGGGAAUGAGGACAUCAUGCUCACCGUCGUCCCCGAGGACAUUGACCCUUGA